AUGGCGGUUAAAGAAUUAUUUCACUCAUCAGAUCAAGAAGCGGGAUAUGAAGAAAGCACUCUACUGCAGCAGCAGGUAGAUCCAUACGAAGAAGAAGAAACUCUAUCUCUUUCUGACCUUCCAAUUUACAGUACUAGUGGCUCAAUUUCAGCUAGAUGGGGUGGUACUGAUGAUUUCUCCAAAGAAGAUGGAAAAGACUUUGGUGGUGACCACGACGACAACAACGAUGAUAAUUUGUUCGAGUUCUUCAGUGAAGAAUUCACCACAUCAUCAACUAAUAAUUAUGCAACCGCAGAGAACAUAAUCUUCUGCGGCAAACUCAUUCCCUUCAAAAACAUUAAUAUUCCUCCACGUGCUGAUGAAAGGAAUAUUAUUAAUACUGAACGCAUGAUCAAUGUCCAAAAGGGUAUUCCAAAGCGCAGUUCAAAAGGUUCAAAGAGUAGUUUUGAAUCAUGUGACUACUCAUCGCUUGGGAAGGUGUCGCUGGUGAGGAGUCCCACAAAUUCAAGAUGGUUUUUGUUCAUGUUUGGGAUGUCAAAGUUGUCCACCACCACAGAGAUGGAACUCAAAGAUAUUAGAAACCGGCAAAGCCGCCGGAGGGGACCCGCGGCGACGAUGAUUCCGGCGCCGGAGAAUGGAAAAGAUGAGGUGGCUGUGAAGGAGAAGAGAAGCUGCAAAGGGAUGUGGAAGAUGCUGAAGUCAAUCUCUAUGGUGUUAGGUUGCCACAGUAGCAAGAUUGCAAACGACGUAGUAAAGGCUGCUUUUGUGUGA